UGAGUAUUGCGCUUGCUGAGGCAACAACGUGUCGAUUUAACGGUCUUAAUGGCUUAACGGCUUAGGCAAUGUAUCAAGUUAAUCGCAAUAAUUAACUAAAUAAUCGCAAUGAUUUGGCAAAUUUGCUUACUCUUGAUGGCUUGGCCCAGUACGGAAGCACAUGUGAGACUUGCUGAAUUUGUCAGCACGAGCAGCAGCACUUGGCGAAGUGUGCAUCUGUUUCCACAAGAACAAUGGCAGUCGAGGACUACAGAAAAGCCUGCCUCCAAUGAACCAGCCUACUGUGAAUCACAAGAUUUUGAGCACAACUACGCCUUGGCUGUUGGGGCAGGUAAAGUAAAGGUUGAACUGCAUUUGAAUCACUUUAAGCGCACCAAGGCUGGAGAAUUUUCCACAAUGCGUGAUCUAUGCUUGGAUGCGAAAGGAUUGCCCUUGCGGCGACUCUGCAAUGCAACUGGCCAAUGGGAAAAGGUCAAGAAUGUCACCUGUCUGGCGGGCAACCAACUGAGCCGACAACUUAAUCACCUAAGCGAACAGCUGCUUGGCGAGAUGAGCCACAAACCGGUCGUGUUGACCAAGUUGAGAUAUUUAUUGAGCGAGGCACAUGGAAAACUGGCAGCUGUGGACAUCUACAGCACUGCGAAAAUAUUUGCCAAGCUGGCGGAGCGGAAAGAUAAAGAGUCAGUUCUCGGCGCGGAUUUGGUCAGCAUCUGUCGAGAGAUUAUGUCCAGCGAUGCGAAGGUGCUGAGACUUUCGGCCCAACUUAAUGCGACCAACUCACUGUUGAGUAAAUUUGAGGAUUAUAUGAAUGCACUGCCUCAGCAGUUUGUGUCCAGAGAAAGCUGUGGCAAGGCAACAACUGAUACAAGUUUAACAACUAACAACGACGUGGAAACAAUCAAAUUGGCCAACAUUGGAGUGCAGGCGCUGAUGAGCAGCAAUCUGAGCGUAUUCUAUGUGAACCCCUUUUGUGAAAAUAUAACUGGCAUUGCCAUUUAUUCAACAUCCAAUUCAGAUCGAAGAACUUCUAUCAGCGGAUUUUAUUAUCGUUUUCUGUAUGCCAAUGAAAACUUGGAGAAACUGAGGCGGGAGGCCAAUCUGGAGGCUGCUAGCUAUUUGCCAGAGCAACUGUGGCACCAACUCAAAGAGAGAGGCGCCACUUAUCUAAUACUCAAAGUAUACGCCCAUGACGGACUUUUUGUGGAGACUGCUCAAGUACGCAGUCGACGCCCACGCAGCAAAGUGCUAUCCAUAACUAUACCAGGAUUUGAGGGUGUUGAAUUGCCAUCUGCAUUGCCAUUUCUACUGCCGCAGGGCAAAUACUCCAAUGGUGAAAGCGGUUGUGGCUAUUGGAACUAUGGCAGCUGGUUAAAUGAUGGAGUAACCACCUGCCAGGAGGAGAACGCACAGUGGGCACCAAAUGUGCUGUGCCAAGCGCAUCAUCUGACGCAGUUCACCUUUCUAGUGGGUGGCAGCUAUGCCCAGUUGCAUGUGGAGGAUAAACAACUUCAACUGGAAUCUGCAUUGCCAGCACAUGAGGAACUGCUGGACAUGAUCACAUUGGUGGGCUGUGGCCUGUCGCUGUUUGGACUCGUGUGCAUCUUUUUAACGGCGGCACUAGUGAAGAAGUGGCGCAAUCAGGCAUCCACCAAGGUGCUCUUGCAUCUCUGUCUGGCUUUGUCGCUACAGCUUCUCCUCUUUGGCUAUCUCGGCGAGAAUUUGGUGUGGUCGGAGGAUGAUUGGAAUCGCUGUUUGAUUUUGGGCGCCUUGCUGCAAUACUCUGUGCUAGUCAUCUUCAGUUGGAUGCUGAUCAUUGCCUUUCUGCAGUUUCAGCGUUAUGUGACCGUUAUUGGCGUGGCACGCCCCAAUCAUUAUAUACUCAUAUCAGCUAUAGUUGCCUGGACGUUGCCCUUGCUGCCAGUUCUCAUGGUUGUCCUAUUCGAUGCCGAGUCCUUCAAGCCAUCCGACUAUCAACGAAAUAGCCACUCGGCAUUGUGUUAUCCCUCGGGAUAUGGUCUCGCUUUGGGCGUAGUGCUGCCAAUUGCUAUGGUUACCAUUGCCAAUGCCUUCAUGAUGCUGUGCAUCAUUUACAGCAUACAUCGUGCACUCAAUCCUCGACGGCAGCUCAUCAUCCAGCAGCUGCGUCUCUCUGUGCUGCUCUUCUUCCUCCUCGGACUCACCUGGAUAUUUGGACUAUGCAGCUAUAUGCACCUGGGCAUUGUAUUCUCAUAUCUCUUCUGUCUCACGGCCACACUGCAGGGCUUUGUACUCUUCGUCUACUUUGUGCUCUUGAACACAACUAAUCGCAGAGCUUGGCUUAAUCUUAUCUGUCCCAACCAAACAAAGAUAAAUGUGCCGAAGCGCACAAUGGAACAAAAUUCAAUGACCACGUCUUUAAGCAAUAGCUACAGAAUAACGCAAACCUAGAUAAUAACUAUCGAUUAAUAUCACUUCUAGCUGAAAAAUUUCUAGUUUUCCACCAAGCAAAUUUAUAAUUUGUUUUAAUUUUUUCAGAUUGAAACCUGUUUUUUUAAUGAAAAUACUAUAAUAUAAAACAUCGCAUAAGGUACACAGAUAAAUAUGAAUAAUAAAUAUUUAUA